CCUACAUGCUAUCAAAAGCUAAAGAAAAGAAGUGGGUUUUGAUCUUCUGCGGGCAGCACGCGCUCGUUCGGUUUUUUUUCUGUGGCUGAUUUUGACGCUGAAACAUAGACGAUCUUUGUGCUGCACACGAAAGGGAAAGGAAACGGCGAGCUCUCCAUUCCGAAGCCCCUGACUGUCUGUCUCUCAUCUUAACGGAACCGAGUGUGACACCGAUCGGAAGCUCUGAGACGAACAACGUUCACUUCUCGAUUUUCACGAGUUUCGCUGUCCAGUUUUAUUUUUUACUCCUCCUCCUCCGCCGAGCUUCCUGGCCGUUGAGGGAAUUUGCUUUCGGGUGAAAUCCAAGGAGAAUCCAGAUUCAUCUUAUCGAGCCCGACUGCACAAAGUUGAUCGGCAAGCUAGCUAGCUAGCCACCUAGCUAACACUCAGCUAGCUUACUUGCUAACUAGCUUGCACGGCUCGUUUUUGGGAAGCCCAUUUUUUUUUAUCCCAGCAGUUCAGUUUUGGGCGUCGUUUUUUUUGCCAUUGCGCGGCAGCUGGCUGUGGUCCAUUUCUCACACGGCUGUUUUGCGGCGAGGUUUUGCUAGUUGGCGGCGAACCGGGUUGUUGUUAGCUAGCGUGCUCGAUAUAGCCUGCUAGCUAAUACCCUGCGUAUUUAGCCUGGAAGCCAGUUCAAGGCCUCAGUCCAGCUCCACCAUUAGCUGCCCCUACAGUCUUUGCAUUGCCGUGCAGUGAGAGUUGACAGCUUACUUGGUGACACAGAGACUUCUCCCUGAGGAGCCAAGAAGCAGACGGCUCAUGACUUCUGACCAGGACACGAAAGUUGUAGCUGAACCACAGGUGCAGCAAGUACAAGAGGCAAAAGAGAACUCUCAUUUGGAAUCCGCCAAGGUUUCAGACCUCAACCCCAAUGCGAAAGCAUGGGCCAACCACAUGUUUAGCCUGGACCCCAGUGGGAGCGCCGACACCACACCUGCUGCCCUCCAGCCAUGGAAGGAAGGCUCCGAUAGUUCGGCCGACCCCGGCCCAGAAGGCUAUGAAGCCAGUGAAGACAAGGCUUUCAAGGAGCCUCUACUAGCCGACCCGGAUGAGCCUCCACCGGUCCCAGUGAUGCUGGCCGACCCGGCCCCCGACGCCUCCGUCACCCUGGAGUGCCCCGAGCCAGCCUACACAGAAUACCCCGAGCCUGGGCAGGAUGCCGCGCACACAGCAGGCAGCGACCCCCAGCCGGAGAAUCCCCAGGAGGGCCUGAGGGAGCAUCUGAAGAAGACGCUGGAGUUCUGUCUUUCCCGGGAGAAUCUGGCCAGCGACAUGUACCUCAUCUCCCAGAUGGACAGCGACCAGUACGUGCCAAUCGUGACGGUGGCCAACCUGGACCACGUCAAGAAGCUCAGCACCGACGUGGAGCUGAUCGUGGACAUUUUGCGAUCUCUGCCAUUGGUCCAGGUGGAUGAGAAGGGGGAAAAGGUGCGGCCCAACCAGAACCGCUGCAUCGUCAUCCUCAGAGAGGUUCCUGAGAGCACGCCCAUCGAGGAGGUUGAGGCUCUUUUUAAAGGGGACAACCUACCCAAGUUCAUCAAUUGUGAGUUUGCCUACAACGACAACUGGUUCAUCACCUUUGAAUCAGAAGCAGAUGCACAGCAGGCAUAUCAGUAUCUCCGUGAGGAGGUGAAGACCUUCCAAGGGAAGCCGAUUAAGGCGCGGAUAAAGGCGAAGGCAAUCGCUAUCAACACUUUCAUGCCAAAGAACGGUUACCGGCCGGUGGAGGUGAACCCGUACGCCCAGCAGCGCUACACGUCCUACUACAUCCCGCCGGUGUACAGCCCGCAGCAGCAGUUCCCCCUGUACAGCCUCAUCACGCCGCAGGCCUGGUCAGCCACACACAGCUUCAUCGACCCCACGCUGGUUACUCCAUUUCACAACACCCAGUUCAUCAACGGAUUUACAUCACACAGUUUCAAACCAGCGACGUCUCCUCUCACCGUCAGACACUACUCACCCAGGAACAGGAAUCACAGUAAGCCUCACCUGAGGCCGACCAUCCCCACGGCGGACCGCAGCUCUGGGCUCCUGGACAGCCCGGGCCUCUUCUCCAGCUUCCCCAGCGAGAGGCUCCUCAACGGGGUCCGCAGCAGCCCCCCGACACGGCUCCCCACCAGUCAGCCCAGAGCCAGGUUACCCUCCACUGUGGCCUUCCCCCGCAGGGACGGCGUGGGCACGGGACGCGUGGCCGAGCCCGUCACCACUGACUACUCCCUGGGCAUGGGCCGAGGAAGGAAAAAUGUUUCUGCUUCUAGGAAAAAGAGGGACGAAAAGUUUACAAGAGUGACGCCUCAGUCGCCUCCUCCUCCCAAACCGCCGUCUCCGAGCUUCGAGCUGGGCCUGUCCAGCUUCCCCCCCCUGCCCGGAGCGGCGGGCCAGCUGAAGACCGACGACGUGUUCGACAACCGGCUGGCCAGCAGCGUGGUCGUGGGGAACACCAAGGAACGGAACGUCAGUGUUGAUGCCAGUUCAGGAGGCACUCUGUCUCCUGGGGGCCUCAGAGAGCCUCUUCGCACCUCCUCCUCUUCCUCCUCCUCCCCUCUGCCCACGAGCUUCCAGGCCUCGCCGGCGGCACCGACCUCGACCUCCGCUCCGACCCCGGCCUCCGGGCCUCCCCAUGGUCCCGCCGCCCCCCUCCCCGCAGUGGAGGUGAAGGUGUCGGAGGUGAAGCAGAAGGAGGUGCAGGUCACUGUGGAGCGGGUUCCCGGCACUCUGUCCACUGCGAGCAAAUCGGUGCAAGUCAACGGUGCUGCCACAGAGCUGAGGAAGCCCUCCUACGCUGAGAUCUGCCAGCGGAUUAAGGACGCCCCGACACUACAGCCGCCGCAGGGAGCCCCCAAGGAAGCCAAGCCAGCCUGCGCUGCCCCCGCAGGCGAGGAAAGGAAGUGCCCCGACGCCUCGGCCCCGGCCGGCGAGCCCAAGCCCAGAGAGACUUACCCGCCCUCGUCCAAGCCCGGGGCGGCCGCCGUCACCCCGGGACGACCCCCGCGGGAGGCCAGGAGGCCGCCCGGGCGAUGGCCCUCCCCGCCCCCACACCCAGGGAAAACCCCCAGCAAAGAUCCCCACCACACCCCGCCCAAGUCCCCGCAAUAGGGCGACACCCCUCGGCCCCCUCCCACGCCCUCCUCUUCUUCUUCCCUCCUCUUCCUCCACAAAUGCGUACAAAAAAAAGGAAAUAUAAGUCAGGGCUACUCAAUACUUAUAUCCCAGAAUCACCAGUCACAAACAAGCAUAGAGGACGCCUUCUUUUCUGGAUCAGGGCUUGCAGACAAAAAAAAAAAAAAAGCACUUUACUGUGCAUGUAGAGCACCGUUUCAUUCUUUUUAUCCUAUUUAUUUGGUUUUCUUUUUUUUUUUCUUUUAAUUUAAAUUUUAUUUUGUCCUGUUUUCUCUUUUGCAUUACGCAGACGUCGGUCUGCAGCUCAACGCAGACCGCAGCGGAGCUCAUUUAUCCGUCGUGUCCAAAACAAACUGCCUUCCGGGAUUAAAUUCAGUGUUUUGCGAGAAGCAGGGCAUUGGUGGAAGCCGCCCCCCAGUGGAUGAUGGGAAGAAACCGUGCAUAUAACAACAGACUCCAUCGUGUGUUUGGCUCCAACAGUGAGGAGGGGAGUGUUUUUUUUUUUUUUUUUUUUUCUCUCGCUUGGUGAGCGGUCACGUGGCACUGUUGUGUACUUUUUUAUGUAGCUGAACUGUAGGUCAUUAAUUAGCAAAUCAGUCUCUUUUUUUCAUAUUCACACCCAUAUGCAAAACUAACACUCAGAUCUCGACAAGACUCGAUCCUUUCGUUUACACUUCCUCCGAGCGAUUUUGCUGAUUUCUCCUUUACUCACGCUAGACGAUGACUUUUGUUUGCCAGUUGUGGAAUCUCACAUCCUUACAAUUUUUUUUUUUUUUUUUUUUUGCAUACCGGUGCAGUUAGCAAUCAACAUUGGGUGGUUUCAAGAGCGCCUUCGUGUUUUCUCUCUCUCUGGUGUUUUCCUCCGUAAAGAAUCACAGCUUCCCUCCACUGGACUCUCCCAGAUCUUCUUACUAUGCUACCUUUUUUUUUUCUGGCUGAAGGAAAUGUGCAGAUGUGUGGUGAGUGGUUUGGUCUGGUUGCUGGCAGUGUGUGUGUGUGUGUGUGUGUGUGUGUGUGCGUGUGUAAACUGUACAUGGUAAAUCAUACAAAAAAUAGCGCCGCUUCUCAGGCUCAGUUGCAUUUUCCUGGCAGAACAGCAGAGGGAGCUAUUAAACAAAGUCAGCCAGUUCCUGCACCGCUCUCCUCUCUCCUCAUUUCCUGUUAAACUGUGGAAUAAUAUUUCAGCAGGCACAUACUGUUGAGGGAAGACGUUUCAGGCGUGAUUCAGACUGUAUCUUUACAAAAAAAAGAGGAAAAAAAGGCCGUUCUCGUGUGAAACGGGCAGGUUUGCUGUGGAGAUUGAGCUCGGAUCAGGAUGGGAAAGUAACACCAGCCUCCAUUCGGUCGCUCGGUAAAUUUUUCCCUACGGCCGCCGAGCUUGAGAGUCCGAUCAUUUUGGAGGAGGUGCUGUUGUUGUUUGAAGUGUCUGGUAAAGUACUCAAAGUGACAGGUUUAGUUUUGGGAUUUUUUUUUUUUUUUUUUUUUUCCUUUUUCAGCCGCUGUGUUAGUUUCCCACCCUGCCUUAAACGCACCGAAGCGGCGCGCGCGUGGUUCAGAAACGUGGCGGGGAUGUUUCUGUUCAGAUCGGUUCAAGCAGCGGCUUGUCUCUGGUUAUUUCUCCUAGGUGCUAGACGUCGAAUCCUGGAAUCUGUUACUACAAUUCACCUGGUACUGUAUACGUAGAAAAUACUUGAUUUAUGAUAUUAACAAAACGUUUGCACUGUUGGUCUUUUUUUUUUUUUUUUUUAAUUCAAAUGUAAUGUUCGGUGACUUGCAGACAAAAUGAUUAGUCGAUCUUACCUGAAUCAAAAAGGGAAGAUUCUUUCCUCCUGGAGGUAAAGGAAUAAAACAGAAUAAUUUUGUUGCUGUCUUUGAGCCUGUUCAGUUUCACGCAAAUUCCCGGAGCGAUUUCAGCGCAUCACCCGAUCUGACUUAAGGAUAACCCUGCAAUAUUAUUACACUGUCGGCGCGUGUCCCGUUUUGUCGGACGCCUGAGAAACAUUUUUGUCAAAGCUUUCCGUUUUGUUUUGUUUUGUUUUUUGUUUGUUUGUUUGUUUGUUGGUUUUUCCCCCAGCAUAUUCCCGCUGUGCAUUUGCAUCGCUUGCAGGCAGUUGUGUUUUUGACAGCGCUGUAUGCUCAUCUUAAAUUUUGAUUUUUUUUUUGUUUUUGUUUUUUAUUUUAUAGUGAAGGAAUUGGUGUACGCGUAGAGAGAUGCGGUGGCUUGGCUUUUUUUGGCCUCUGAUUCAGUAUUAAAGAAAAAAAAUGGGUUGUGUAGCUGAUGACUAUGAGAAGUGAGAUGGUUGGACAGACCUAGAAUAUUUAACCAAAACUAAACAGAUGAAGGUAAAUGGCGAGUGGGUUGUUGUUGUUGUUUUUCUUUGGAAUGUAGGCGUGGCUUAGCUUUUGCUAUGAUGGACUAUGAGCGAGUUUUUGUCGGCAGGCUCGUUUGGACGGAGUUGAAUCAGUCGUCCCUCAGUUUAAACCCUUAACAGGGACGAGAGCAGGGAAGUUACAAAUUGUAAAUCCUGUAAAAUCCUUUCAUCGCUGUCAGUUUGUUCAGCUCCCGCCUUUUGGUGUUGAGUCGUUACCACUAGAGUUUCUGUUUCUCCUUUUCCCUUUUCUUCUUCUUUUUUUUUUUUUUUUUUAAAGUGUCCGUACGACGUACUCCCUCAUCGGCCUCUUCUAGCUCUCAAACACUUUCACUCAUCGAGUUUGCACACAUUUUCUUUUCGUCCUGAGUUAAAGCUGUUAAAAGAUUCACCAAAGCACGCAGACCUUCUUCUUGCCACUUCACAUUUAUGCGGACAAAAUCGAACAGCUGUUCGGCCAACAGAUGUUACAGUAAAAGCACAUUUGAGGUCAAAGGAACUCAACAUCCUUGACUCGCGUUGAGCCGACGGUGGUUUUUUUUUUGCUGUUCAGGGUCGAGAAGUUAACACUACACCAGCCGAAUGCAGAUUCAUGUGGACGUAAACCAUACGUUGGGUUGUUUUUUUGGUUUGGUUUUGUUUUGUUUUUUGUUUUUUGUUUUUUUUUGGACAACAGACUGCUGUUUGGGCCUCGGCGAAGGCGCGGCAAGCAAAAACAUGAUUUUGAUUUUCACAUUAAUGUGAAGCAGCAAGAAAACAGAUGCAGGGUGGGGAUUUGCCACCGACCAAAUGUUGGUUAAAAAAAAAGUCGGAAAGUCAGGCAGAAAAUCAACUGGAGCUCCUGUUCUGUGUUUAAAAAACAACAACAACAAAAGAAAAAAAAAAAAAAAACAGGUGAAAUAGGGAAACUAGCAGCAUUAGGCGACUCCAAAAAUGUAAUCGGCGGAUUAAGUCAGGAAGCGGCUGGUGUUAAUUCUGGGAUGUAACGGCCUCUGCCGGCUGCGGACAGGAAGUGAGUCGGCCUCCCUGCUCCUGCGUGUGCUCGGGUCGGUCUUUGUCACCUCAGAUGCUCCCUAAAAAAAAAAAAACAACACACAAACAACAACAACAACAAAAAAAAAAAAACACUGUACUAUACACGAAGCCUGUUGGGGGCAACCUCACCCAUGCGAUGUGGACCUUGCAUGUACCGGUGUCUCGCCGAAGUCUUCCUGCAACAAGAAGCAUUCUGGGUAAUCCCACUAAGAAAACAGGAGCCCAUCUGCAGAAGGGAAAGCUUCAUUUAAAAAAACAAAAAAACAAAAAACAACAAAAAAAAAACAACAAAAACAAACAAAAACAAAGCCUGUACUCACAGUCAUAGCUGCUUUUGAUUUGGACGCUAAAUCUUGAGUUUGCAAAAAACUUUUUUUUUUUUUUUUUUUCUUAAUGUUUUGGAUCCUGAAGGACUGAGAUGCACUUGGAUGGGUAGAUUUUUUUUUUUUUUUUUUUUUUGGUCAUUGGUGGAAAUGGUAAUCAAGAUGAAAAUACACCAUAUCCGCUUAUUUAUAAACCAAUGCUGUUUAUUCCUAGAGAAAUAUCGUUAAGCUUUCUUUUUAGGGAGAAGAAAAAUAGAGAUGCAUCUAGGUCUCUAUAUAUACGCAAAAUGUAAGAUUUCCAUCCAGUGUUUGAGAAACUUGAAUUUUAUUUAAACUUGAAAAAUGACUUUGCCUUAACUUUUAUACAAGACGAGCAUAGAGUUUAUUUCUUUUCAAAAAAAAAAACCCCUAAAUGUAAACUAAGCGUGACACAUGGAAAAUAUUUAGUCCUACCAAAUGUCACCAAGUCUUACUGAGAGAGUACAAAUCUAGCAGCGUUUUUUUUUUCUUUCCCUUUUUUCUUUUUUGUAAAAUGUACGAAAAAAAUCUCAUUUGAUUGUUCUUUUGUCUCUUGUUUAAUAGUUUUCAGGUUGUUUUUGGGGGAAAAUAUAAACCUUGUAAAUGCAAAACUAGUCAAUACUGUAUUAAAUAUGUGCACUUUGAAGUGUGUGCUUUGCUUGUACAGUUGUAAAUACUGAGAAAAAUAUAAGAGGUACCUUAAAAUGAUAUAAAAAAUAUAUUGAUCUCGUUGAACUAUUAAUGUCGCUAUCAAGCUGGAUGUAGGAUAUAAAAAAAAUUAAUGUUGUGGUUUGAAAAUAUUUUUCUUUGAUUUUUUUUUUUUUUUUUUUUUUUUUAUUAUAAUUAUUUUUUGUUUUGGUGUGCAGAGUUUGAAUUCUGCCCCGCUUUGUGACGUGGGCAGGUUGUCUGAUUGUAAUUUUUUUUUUUUCUCAUCAUUUUCAUUCCAUUUUCCUCCCUGUGCCCCUGUGGUAUUGACGAACAUCUGAUCGAUGACCGUGAUCAAGCCGCGUGUCCACCGCCGUCCUCUUGUCAACGUUUGUCUUUGUUAGAAAAGAUGCUCUUCUGCCUGUUUUUAGCACCGAGGGCGCGACAAGUUGGAAUAAUAAAGGUGUUUCGGCGAGAGAAAAAAACACCUACAGUCAGAUUUUCGAUCAUCGCAUAACAGCAGUCGCCACAAAAGUUCGACUGAUGUGUUUUUCUAGACUGUAACCGAUGUUUUUGGAUUGAAAAUGCUGAUAUCUGAUCAUCCAGAAGCUUAAAUUGCCAUUCAAUGCCAAAAAAUACAGCAAAUAUUCAGGAUUUCAGUUUGGAAAAGCUUCUGAAGCUUCUUUUAGUUCCAUCAGAAUCCCACGAGGACCCAGUUUGUGCAGGCGGAUGGCUAUGCCUGAUAAAUUUGUAGGUACAUUAUUCUGUUUUAAUGCCAAAAAAACAACUAAUAUUCAACGUUUCCAACUGAAUUUAGUUCUUUCCAUGGUGGGAAAAGCUGCAGAAAUAUAAUUUAGAAGUGUGAUGACACUCAAAAUCUCCAUCGAAAUCCCACGAUGACCGGGGUUUUGCAGGCAGAUAAUGACAUUUUUUGGAUCGAUCUCUGAUAUUUUGUGAUUAAAUAUCACUGUUUAAUGUCCAAAACAAGCAACAUUAGAGUUUCCAUCUGAUUUUUAUUCUUUUGUGGCUGGAAAAGCUUCUGAAGAAUCAUUUAGAAACAUUGAAAUCCCACCAUCAUCCAGCUUCUGCAGGCUGAUGCAGAUAGAUUUCUAUUGGAGAUGCCAGUGCCUGAUGAUAAUAAAUUAUAUUUUGCUGUUUUAAAGCCAAAAAAAAAGUUUCCAACUGAAUUUUUCAGGGAGGAAAAGCUUCGAGAGAUACCAUUUAUAAACGCGAUGACACCCAAAAUCCCAUGAAGAGUUUUUACAGGCUGAUUAUCAACAUUUUUGGGUUAAACUUGCUGAUACCUGAUAUUCUGUAAUUAAAUAUUGCUGUUUUAAUGGACAAAACAACUAAUAUUAAGGGUUUCCAGCUGAUCUUUACUCUUUUGAGAUUGAAAAAGCUUCAGAAGCAUCACAUCGAAACUUGGUGACACCAAAAUGCUCCGUCGAAAUCCGACAGUGACGCUAAAAAUCAAACCACAUCACGUCCAUAUCGGAGGCAGACAACAUGACGCGGCGAUAUCCGGUAGCAUUAGACGAUACAUAAUUUAAAAUGUUCAGGAAACUAAUCUGUCUGUCGGAGCGUCGCUCUUCCCUCCAGCGAGCGGAAAGUAAAGCCGGACGCCUGGUGGAUGCGCGGCCUGAGCGGCUGCUGUCUCCGCCGAGGCAGCAGCACAAAGAGUCAGCCACAGAAAAAAGCACAUGAGAAGCACAGAGUAACACCUCGCAACGUUUUCAGAUCUUUGAUCGAGCCGACGGACGCGAACCGUCGCAAAGUUCGGCGAAAACUUUGGCAAAGCGGCCGACAAGUUCCCUUUUUUUUUUUUUUUUUUUUUUUUUUUUUUUGGUUUUGCGAGAUCCGACGCAUUUUGUCCACAAUCCGGUCAAAAUGCCGAGGCCUCGGCGGGUCGAGUGAAGCUCAGUUUCCCCGCGGAGAGGUGUGUGUUGGCGCCGGACGAGCGAUCCAAUCGGUCAGGAGCCAAAAACCCUCCCCGCCUGUUCAGUGUUGAUGUUCAUGUCGUUUUCCUUCUGGUUCAUCUCGUUUCCAUCUGACUCGGUUUGUUCCUCAUGAUGUUUGUCAGCUUCCUCCUUCCCUUGAGAAAUGAUUCAUGUACAAAUGUUUUCUUUUUGUUUUGUUGUUUUUGUUUUGUGUUUUUUUUUUUGGGGGGUGGGGUUGAAGUAGACAUGCCAGUGUUUAGGCUCCAUUGGAAUCAUAGUGUAGUUGAUCUUUUUUUACACUUGUUUCAGAGAGUUUUCUGGCACAUAACCUGCGCAGCGUGCGUUGUCUUUCAAAUCAUCCCAUCACGUGGACUGCACCCGAUGUGGCCAAGAAAAUACCAAUAACUGUGCCAUUAUUAUUAUUAUUAUUAUUAUUGUUAUUAUUAUUACAACUGUUGUUUUUUUGUCUGACUGGGCAGUUUGACUUGUACAUAGCUGAGCGCUUGCCAUCUCUUGGCUUUUGUUUGUUCUUUUUGUUUUCUUAAUAUGUGACUUUCUUGUUACUGACACACAGCAAAGUCCCAUCAGAGACUUUAUUUUAUUUAGUUUUUUUUUUUUUGUUGUAAUUUUGUUUCAGUUUGUUUUACAUCUGGGGAAAUUUGAAAUGUGACACCACUCGACUGUAGGAGGGAACUCGUGCGUCGUGAGCGAGCUGAAGUCGACCCGGCGUGGCUCUUGCUUUUUGUUUUUUGUUUUUUUUUGUUUGUUUUUUUGUUUUCUUCUCCCGAGGCGUUCAAACACAGAUGCAGACUGGAUAAUCCACGAAAUUAUCACAACUGUGAAUGUGAAAUACCGUUUACCGUCUAGAGUGAGUCGGGCCCCGCCCCCCACGGCGAGGAUGGACGCUGCGGCCAGGGGCUUGAGCAUCUCAGCACUGUUGAUGGGGAUUAAAAAAAAAAAAAAAAAGACGACGCAAGUUCCUACCCUCUCCUGGCACUAAACUUCAUUUUUUUUUUUUUGGUUUGUUUUUGGGAGAAGCUCCUUUUCCUCUGAGAGCCGGAGCGACUCGCUGCAUAUCAGCCCGUCUGCCGCCCCGCCUGCCUCGCUCGGCCUCCUUCCUCCUCAUCGCCCGUUCUGACAGUGCCAUCGACUUUUUAUUUUGUUUGUGCAAAGGUUGCAGCUUGUAAAAAAAAAAAAAAAGAAAAGAAAAGAAAAAAAGAAGAAAAAAAGGACCCCCCCCUUGUGUUUUUUAUCUUCUUUCUUUUUCUUUUUCUUUGUUUUUGUUUUGUUUUUUUAAAGCAAAGAUAUAAUGAAUGCACACAAACUGACUGGAACGAGACUUGUCUCUCUCUCUUGAUCUCUCUAUCGACUCACUGUGGUUUAACUCAUUAACACUCUCACCACGCUACGCUAACCGCUACGGACAAUCGGCGACUCCGCCUCAGGGGUCGGACACGUUUCGGCUAACGACACCUUUAACAGAUGUGGAACGGAGGUUUACGCUCAAGAGGGCUUCUGAGUUUUUCUUUUUUCUUUCCGUUUCUUUUCGCUCUUCUGUUUUUUCUGGGUCUUACCGAUUCUUCCAUCGAGACUGGAAUCAAGCGUACAUGUCAGCUAUAGAUAAUUUAAGUUACUCUUGUGUCAUGAUGUAAAACUGUCUAAUUUGGAGAAAAAAAUGUAGCUUACUGAAAAAUAAAGAUUUAGGCACUGUUGAGGA